AUGCAUAUCCUCGUGACCAACGACGACGGCCCGCCUUCUGACCAGUCGUCGCCGUACGUGCACUCGCUCGUGUCGACGCUGCAGCGCUACGGACACAGCGUCAGCGUUGUGCUCCCCCACACCCAGCGCUCGUGGAUCGGCAAGGCCCAUCUCGUCGGCAAGGCCAUCAAGCCCUCGUACUACCGCCCCGCGCCCCUGCAGACCACGACCGACGGCCGCCUCACCAACCACGGCUCCACCCACAGCACGCCCCUGCCCCCCGACUCGACCGAGGAGGAAUGGGUGCUCGUCGACUCGACGCCCGCCUCGUGCGCCCAGAUCGGCCUUUACCACUACUUUUCCUCGCGCGGGCCCAUUGACCUCGUCGUCUCCGGGCCCAACUACGGCCGCAACAGCACCGCCGUCUUCUCCCUCUCCUCGGGCACCAUUGGCGGCGCCAUGGAGGCCGCCGUCUGCGGCGUCAAGUCCAUCGCCCUGUCCUACGCCUUCUUCGACCGCAACCACGACGCCGCCAUCAUCGCCGGCGCCUCAGACCUCAGCGCCAAGCUCAUCCAGCACCUCUAUGACACCUGGGACCCCAACACCCACCUCUACUCCGUCAACGUCCCCCUGGUCGACGGCGUUGGCAGCAGGAAGAUUCUGUGGACCAACAUGCUGCAGAACACGUGGAGGUCCGGGAGCUGCUUCCAGGUCGUCCAAGUCCCCUCGGACGCCGACGACUCGCCCUCGGACGUGGAGAGCCAGAUCCGCAAGCAGGAGGAGAAGCUCGGCAAGAAGGAGCUGCGCGCCAACAACGACCUGCUUCCCGAGAGUGGGGCGGGCAGCGGCACUGCGACGCCAAGUGGCCAGCCGCACAUGAGGUACAGCCACAAGCACUUCAAAUGGGCCCCGCAGUUCAAGGACGUCUACGAGAGUGUCGAGCAGAGUGAGCCAGGGAACGACGGAUGGGCCGUUGCACAGGGAUAUACAAGUGUUACCCCGCUGAGGGCGAACUUCAUGCAUGUCACCAACGACAAGUUCCAGGGCGAGAUUAAGCUGGGUGAGGAGGCGGCGAACACGGCUUAG